AUGAAAGGAACUUAAUCUUUUAAAGAAGGAAAUUAUGAUUAGGCUAUUAAAUAUUAUACUAAAGCCAUUGAAAUCGAUAGUUCUUAAUCUGUUUAUUUUUCUAAUAGAGGAAGAUGUUAUAAAAUAUAGGGAAAUUCAAAAAAAGCUUUUGAAGAUGCUGUUUAAUCUAUAGAGAUAGAUGAUUGUAAUAUUAAAGGAUAACUUUUAUGUGGAUAAAUAUUAUGUGAAUUAGGUAAAAAUGAAGGAGGAAUAUAAAAAAUAGAAAAUGGUAUAAAAAAAUUAACUAGAGCUUUAACUUUAUGUAGUAAUUUUGCUGGUGAUAAAAAAAGUUAAUAUGAAAAAGAGAUUUCUGUUUAUAUUUAUAGGGCUAAAAAAUUAUUAUGGUAUAAAUAAUAAGAAGAAAUUUAUAAUAAUAAAAUUAUUAAAAUUGAUAAUUAUAAGAAAUAUUUAAAUAGUUUAAAUUUAAAUGAAAGUUAAUUUAAUUAAGAAUUAUAAGAAUUUAUAAUAUGUAUUGGAAAUCCUUAUUAAUAAUAUGAUUAUAAUAUUCCUGAUUAUUUAUCAUGUAAAAUAACACUUGAGUUAAUGGAAGAUCCAUAUACUACAGAAUCUGGGCAUACUUAUGAAAAAGAAGCCAUUGAAGAUCAUAUAAAAAGAGAUGGGUAUAUUGAUCCGGUUAAUAGAUAACCUAUUAAAUAACCUAUUUAUCCUAAUUAAUCAAUUAAAUAAGCUGUUUAAGAUUUCCUUUUAAAAAAUCCUAGGGCUUUCGAAUUUAGUAGUGGAGAAAAUUAUAAAAGUAUAUAAUCUUGA